AUGUCAUCAUCACCACCAUUAUUAGCAUUGACUUGUAACACAAGCCAAAAAGUUUCUGGACAGCAACACAAAUCUCUGUCUUAUUCAACUAUAAAAUGUUCAAUAUGUUCAAAAACAUUCAACAACUCGAGUGCUUUGGCCAAACACAAGUUGAUACACAGCAAUGAAAGGAGGAAUGGUCACAUGAUGACACAUGCAGAAAAGAAGCCUCAUACCUGUAAAUUUCCAAACUGCGACAAGAGUUAUUGUGACGCUCGUUCACUGCGACGUCAUUACGACAACUUUCACAAAUUGCUACAUCAUCAACAACAACUGAUGAACAAAAAUGCAAACCUAUGCAAUGUUCUUCAACAGGAAUCUUCCAUUUUGACUCCUGGACUGACACCCAGAUCAGCUGGCAUCAUGAAUAGCAACAAAAGCAAUAAUGCAAAUGUAUCAGGCAACGAAUCCGUCUUCAACUUUGAAAAUAUUAAUGUUAAUGAUGAAACUAUUGGUACUAUCAACUUCAACAGCAACAUCAGCUUCGCUAGCCACUGUAAUAUUAGUAAUACAAAUGAUGAUUUUUGUAAUAAGACAGAUAAUAACAUUGCUGGCAGUAGCUGUGUUAAUGCUGCUUAUGCUGGAGACAAUCCUUCCGGCCUUCCUGCAACAUCUCUGGCUUCUUCUCUUAUGCAAAUGAGUCCAGUUAGUCCAUUAACUGGCAACAACAGCAGCAACAUUAACAGUGCUACUCAACAGCUGCAACAAAACAGCAUAAUUUCUGAUUUUAAUCCAUUCAAUGAGUACAAGCCUGUGAAGUGCAAGCAAUGUGACAAGUGCUUUAAGAACAUGCCAGCACUCAACGGCCACAUGAGACUGCAUGGGGGUUUCAUUAAAAAGUUGAUCAUAAAUCAUUCUCAAGCUUCUUGA